AUGGUAUCUACUCCGGAGCUAAAGAAAUACAUGGACAAAACAGUAUAUAUUCAGCUCAAUGGAUCGCGAAAGCUGAUAGGGGUACUUCGCGGUUUUGAUAUAUUUCUGAACGUGGUGCUGGACGAUGCUGUCGAGCUCCGUAAAGAUGGUUCGAAGACCCCCAUGGGAUCACAGUCUGUGAUACGGGGCAACUCUAUAGUGUCAGUGGAAGCACUGGAGCCAUUUGCCUGA